AUGAGCGGAGGGGUGGAGCCGGAGACCCCGCCGGGUAGCAGCAGCAGGAGCGGGGGCAGCACGCCCGUGGGCGGCAAGCCGCCACGGCACCACCUCACGUCCAUCCGCCACUGCGCCAGCAGCGCCCGCAUCGCCGCUGCCUCCGCCGAAUUCGGGCUGGAUUCGGGGACGCUCAGCUUGAUCUCACCUUCCGCAGACAUCCGUCCGGGCUUCUUGCCUGUGUUCAGGUCGGGGAGUUUCGCGGAUAUUGGACCCAAAUCGUACAUGGAGGACGAACAUGUCUGUGUGGACAACCUCGUCGAGCACCUUGGACUCCGCGGCCCGGGCAUCCCUGCACCGGGUGCCUUCUAUGGGGUGUUUGAUGGCCAUGGUGGUACUGAUGCUGCCUGUUUUGUCCGGAAGAAUAUACUGAAGUUCAUAACCGAAGAUUGCCACUUCCCCAACAGCAUCGAGAAGGCAAUCAGAAGUGCUUUUGUAAAGGCUGACCAUGCAAUUGCGGAUUCCCAGUCUCUUGAUCGGAAUUCUGGGACCACAGCAUUGACAGUCCUUAUAUCUGGCAGGACACUGCUUGUUGCGAAUGCCGGUGACUGUCGAGCCGUAUUAGGAAAGCGAGGCCGAGCUGUUGAACUCUCUAGAGACCACAAACCCAGCUGCACAGUUGAAAGGCUCAGAAUCGAAAACCUUGGCGGUACCGUCUUUGAUGGCUACCUCAACGGUCUGCUGGCUGUAGCAAGGGCAAUCGGUGAUUGGCACAUGAAAGGCUCCAAAGGCUCUGCAUGCCCUCUUACACCAGAACCUGAGUUUAGGGAGGUUAGGCUUACUGAGGAAGAUGAGUUCUUGAUAAUAGGCUGUGAUGGCCUUUGGGAUGUAAUGAGCAGCCAGUUUGCUGUUUCAAUGGUCAGGAAAGAGCUGAUGGAACACAAUGAUCCACAACGGUGCUCGCGAGAGCUUGUCCAGGAAGCGCUUAGGCGUGACUGUUGUGAUAACCUAACCGUAGUUGUCGUGUGCUUCUCAGCCGACCCACCCCCUCAAAUCGAGGUCCCACGAUUCCGAGUACGAAGAAGCAUCUCAAUGGAAGGACUGCAUACGCUGAAGGGAGCUCUUGACAGUAAUGUCUGA